AUGGAUCUACUGUUUGGUGUAUCAGAUAUGGAAGAAUUAUUUGCUCCACGAACCAAUUAUAGGAAACGGCCUUUUACGCCAACUUCAAAUUUAAACCGGAAUACAGAAACUACGAUGUCCUCAUCAACACUAUCACCACCUUGGAUGAAGAACGAGAAGCAGGGAAAUAUGACUAUACCAGUGCCACCUAUAUUCAGAACUGGAAUCUUUAAGACCCUAGAUAUGGACGAACCAAUUCAUCAACAAGAAACAAUUAGUCAACACCCAAAACAACAACCACCAACAUAUCAACACCCAAUUAACCAAAACAAACCAGUUUUCAUUGAGCAACCUGGACUUUUCUACAAUGGACACCACUUCAUGCAAUUCUUGAGGCAAUAUGAGAUGACGGCAGAUUCAAUAAAUGCAUCCAAAUACAAUCAAGCCCUACAGAUUGGAAGAUUUAUGAAAACUGAAGAACUCAAAUAUCAAAUUGAGUUGAUGGACGGUUAUGAAGAAUGCGACUGGGAUACUCUGCGGGCCUCAAUGAUUGAAUCAUGGGGUUAUGAAUAUACAAUUCUAUAUACAACAACCGACCUAGUCAACCUGUCCAAAGAAUUUUCUAGAGAUAACAAAACAGUCAGCUACAAAGAAUUCCAGACGUACCUUCAAAAAUUCUCCGAGAUCCUUGAUUUCCUCCUCAUCCAGCGACAAUUGAGAAGGAGACAGGAUGCCGGAGUUCUUUUCAUCAGUGCCUUUCCUCAAGAACUUCAGAGAAAUAUCAAACGACAUUUAAAUCACAACGGUCAACUUCCACAAGCACCCGACGGAUCCAGGUUACCCCCUCUUUGGGAACACCUUACGGAGGCGGCUGGGGUGGAGAUCAAAUUGAAAGAAUUAGCCAAGGAACUUGAGUCACUCAAACAACAACUUCAAGAGUCACAAUCACCUGUCAUAUGCAACACUCCACAUUCUUUGUCCCAAUUGGAGCCAGAAACGGAUUAUACGGAACUAGCGACGGAUUAUACGGAUUAUACGGAACUAGAGACGGAUUAUACGGAACUAGAAACGGAUUAUACGGAUUAUACGGAACUAGAGACGGAUUAUACGGAACUAGCAACGGAUUAUACUGAUUAUACGGAAUUAGAGACGGAUUAUACAGAACUGGUGAUGGACUUUACCCUACCUUCAAAACUCAUUACAGAAACAGAGAGGGAAGAAUCAGUUGCACCUAUCAACCUACUGGAUCUGGGAGAAUGGAAAGCGGAAUCAAUAAACUAA